AUGGGUAAAUUAUUUAAAGUAUUAGUUUGGGGCAAAAAUGCCGUUGGUAAAACAUCAUUAAUUGAACAAUUGGCUUAUGGACGAGUAGAAGAAAAAUCAUAUCGAGAAACAAUCGAAGAUACAUAUUGUAUACAAUAUGAUAAUAGUUUAAAUGAAAAAGAUAUCGUACUUCGUGUACAUGAUAUUGGUGGUGUGAAAACUUCACCUGGUGAAGAAAUUUCUAAUAUUCGGCAUUUAUUGACUUUAAUUGAUGCUAUUAUCCUUGUGUUUGAUAAUCGUUCAAAUGAAUCUUUUGAAUGUUGUAAAGCUAUUAAAGAUAUUAUUGAAGUUAAAACAACAGAUAAAAACAAAAAAGAAAGUUUACCGAUACUCGUACUAUGUAAUGAAAUUGUAUUAGAUGAACGUCGGUCAAAUUUUACUCAAAUAGAUGGAGAACAAUGGACAGCGAAAGAUAAAUGUUUUGUGGGUAAUCGAGUAUGGUUCGUUAAUCUUCACGAUCGUGCCCGUACAGUCGAAGCAUUCACUGCUCUUAUGAAAGAAUUGUAUAAACCACAAACAGCAAACAAAGACGCUGCUGAACGUAAUAUAUUACCUCGUCUAGGUUUAGGCGAUACUGUAAAUCGGGUUUUACGCUCGGCAGUAAAAAAGGCAAAAUAA